AUGUCUCAUAGUCAUCACCAUCAUCUCCACCAUAGUCUUAGUCCUCUAAAUGAGUAUGUAUUAGAUCGAGUAGUUGAUAACUCUACAUCUAUAGGACAUCGAAUGAUGGUUAAAGAGGUCAAGAAAAUUGGUGAGGGUGCUUUUGGAACGGUAGUAGAAGCUAUGCUUAAAGAUACUGAUCCUGAGGGUUCUCAGGAGUGGCUUGGGCCUUUCGCUAUUAAGAGAGUACCGGCGCAAACUGAAUAUAAAUCUAGAGAACUAGAGAUUUUGAGAGUUGUGAACCACCCAAAUAUUGUCAGCUUGAGAUUUUUCUUUGAUAAGCCAAGUUCACUGGAUGGUAAAAUAUAUCAAAACUUAGUGAUGGAAUGUUUGCCGUCGAACUUGCAAAGCGAAAUCAAAUACUACCGUCAAUCGAAGUUUACGAUACCGUAUCCGCACAUGAAAGCCUAUACAUUUCAGAUUGCUAGAGCAAUGCUUUAUUUGCAUGGAUUUGGUAUAUCUCAUAGAGAUAUCAAGCCCUCAAAUAUACUCGUUGAUCCCUCCAAUGUUACGUUGAAAAUUUGUGAUUUCGGUAGCGCUAAAAAGUUGGAACCCAACCAGCCCUCUGUGAGUUAUAUUUGCUCCAGGUAUUAUCGAGCUCCAGAACUAAUAGUUGGAUGCACUGUUUAUACCACAAAAAUUGAUAUUUGGGGGUUGGGAUGCGUAAUUGCAGAAAUGUUUUUGGGUAAGCCGAUAUUUCAGGGACAAUCACCUGAAUUGCAAUUAAAAGAGAUUUCCAAGUUGUUAGGACCGCCUCCUAACAGUUUUUUCUUCAAGAGCAAUCCAAAUUAUAGAGGAAAUAUGUACACAACCAAAUUAUUUAGCGGAACGGUGGAAGAGAGAUUCCAACAGGUCUUUAGCAACUCACCCUCGGAUGCAAUUGAUUUACUCUUGAAAAUACUUGUUUACGAUCCUGAUGUUAGAGCAAGCCCAAGAAGGGUGUUGGUACAUCCAUUUUUCCACGAAUUGAAGAAAAAGCUGUUCAAAGUUUAUCCCAGAGGAUCUUCAGAGCCAAUUGCAUUAAAUUUGUUCAAUUUCAGCGAGUAUGAAUUAGAACUAUUAGGGCCGUUGAAAGAUGAAUUGUUGAAUAUAUCAUAUUAA